GGCUCACCGCGCCAGUAGGACUAUUCCAUUCUUCUCCUUAAGUUCCAAUCUGACAGUUAUAAAACCUCUCCUCUAAUAUUCCUCACCAUUUUGCUCCACACUAAUCAUCCUUCUCUACAAAACAUUCUAUUAUAAUACAAUUUUCUCCAUAUACAUUUUCAAAUCGACAGUCACAUAAGAUCGAUAGUCGUGCGUAUCGCGAACUCGAACUUGAAAUCGAAAUCGAUAUCGUAUAGGUUAACAGUAGUAGAUCGAAGGGUUUUCACACGAUCAGGAUGCCAGCAGACGCUGAGCUCAGUAAUCUGCUUAGCAGGAGGCAAAGGAUCAACGAGGAGCUGGAGGAAGGAAAAGAAGUGAAAAAGCAAUACAAAUUCGUGAACGUUUAUACGGAGUUCCAUGAGCUGUCCCGUCGCGAGAUCAAGCAGUAUGAGCAGACCUUCAACAGGUUCGACGCGGGUCACGAUGGAUUCUUGGAUUUAUCCGAGUUGAAACGCAUGAUGGAAGUUUUAGGAGCGCCGCAGACCCACCUGGGUUUGAAGGCAAUGAUACAGGAAGUGGACGAGGAUGGCGAUGGACGGAUUUCCUUCCGCGAGUUUCUGCUAAUCUACCGCAAAGCACGUGCUGGUGAAUUAGAACAGGAUUCUGGGUUAGGCCAGCUUGCACGUCUUACAGAGGUCGACGUAGACGAAGUAGGAGUAACAGGGGCUAAACACUUCUUCGAGGCCAAGAUCGAGCAACUACGGAAGGCAAGCAAAUUCGAGGAUGAGAUCCGCAUGGAGCAAGAGGAACGAAAACGGGAAGAGGAGGAAAAAGCGGCGAGACGAGCGCAAUUCAGGCAGAAGGCGGCUCUGUUUGGCAAUUGAAAGGGAAAUUCGUGAAUCGAAAGUGUGCUCCUUCUGUACCUUAGCGGAAUUAUAAACGAUUACUCGAUUAAAUUCGAUUCACUCUAGUUUCGUAUAGAAAUUCGCCGACCAACAUAAUUGCGUAGAUCGACUAUGGUUUUGCAAUUGUGUGGCGUUGAAAUCGGCAAAAAAGUUUUUUACUCUUAUUUCAAAACUCUGAAUAAAAAAAUAUGAUAAGUCGUAUUAUAUGGUUUUUACACGGAAGCUAUUUUAAAACUUGUUAUAUCGCCAGUUAAUACUUCUUCAUUUUAUUUUAGAAUUAAGUGUGUAUUUUUGACAUCCUCUUGAGUAUUUAAGAAAUAUUAAAAACAUUAAUUAUGCAGACUAGUAAUAAUGAAAGCUAGUUAAAUUAACAUUAUCUCUCUUUUACAGAAUAUUAUCGAUUAAUCACUUAUUUUCAAAAGACUUAUAACUAUUAAGUUAUUCUUCUUCUCUCAACUGUCUAAUAUUAAAAUACCUCGUUUUAGUUAUCGAGUGGUAUAAAAGUCAGAAAAUGAAUAAAAAUAGACUUAUCAUAUUUUUGUAGUCUCUGUCUGUUUUAAGUUUUUGGAGGAUUUUUAAUCAACUGAUAUAGCGAUGCUAUUUUUGAGUCAAUUUUAACGUUUGCACAUCGCCAAUACCAAUAAUCACACUUAUGUUUCACUAAAAAAAUUUCGAAACAACCCUUAUAAGAGUCAGAAUUGUAGAGAUUAAUAUGAAAUUUGGAAAUGAAAUUCAUUUAGCGAUGUUGUAGCAUCAAAUUUUAGAAAAUGAAAUAUUAAAUAUGAAUCGUCCUCGAAUGGUUUGACACUGUGUUAAAGCUUCGAAUUCUGGAGAUGACUUUUUAAUUAUUUUACUAUGUACGAGAAGUAUUAGCUGUGAAAAUUAAAAACACUCGUUAUAGGUAUGAUUUACAUUUUAUACUCAAAAUACCACGCACUUGAAAUCGUUAAAUAAAUUAGGAAGAUCAAAGGAAAUGCUUUUAUUGGAAAGUUUGUUAGGUUUGAUCAGUUUAGACUAUCCUCGAUAAAGCGGGCUAUAAAUGAUUUUUAACGAAUGCACGACUGAUAUUGGUAUAAGUAUAACGAAAUAUUAUAUGUAUAUGUAUGUACAUUAAUUUAUAUGAUAAUUUGAUCUUAUGUGAAGUUAAGACACUCUUCGAGAAAGAAACAUUUCGCAACAUGCGUUUGAUCGAGAAAUCUCUUUUGAUUCUUUUGAAAUCUACGACGUAAUUUUGUGGAAAAUUUUAUGAAAUAUUUUACUCGUGAGAUUUCAAACUAUCCAUAUAUUUCUACGAAUAUUUAGCUUAGUCGAAAUAUCAAAGAGAGAAAAGUUUUUAUCGAUCUCAGUGGUCUUAAUAAUUAUGCAGUAGUAUAUACUUUCAUAAUAUUUUGUUUCAAAUUGAUCAAAAAUAUAAGACGAUUCCAAAUUAUUUUUAUACGAUUUUUAUAGAUGUGUUUCAGAAACAAAUUAUUGAGAUCAUGUAUAAUUGUUGCGAUCUGUACAUACGAAGUAUAUAGUUUAAAUAAGUUUGUAAAAUUAUAAAUUGUAAAUAAACUUUUUGUUCUAAUAAA